AUGGAUAAAAGAGUAACGUAUUGUACUGAUUUGGAGAAAUGUGUGAUAAUGAGUAACUUUGAACGUCGUGGUUGGACCCAGGUUGGGCCAGAAGAUGACUGGAAUUUUUACUGGUCUUUUACGCAAAAUUGCCGAAAUAUUUUUAGCAUUGAAAGCGGAUACAGAAUGAAUGACAAUCAAAUUAUUAAUCAUUUUCCAAACCACUAUGAAAUAUCACGUAAAGAUUUGUUGGUAAAAAAUAUUAAGAGAUAUCGUAAGGAACUUGAAAAAGAGGGCAAUCCUUUAGCAGAAAAAAUGGAGGUAGUACUGCCAAACGGUCAUACCGCCACGCGCUAUAUUCAUUUAGACUUUAUUCCCGUAACGUAUGUUUUGCCAGCCGAUUACAACAUGUUUGUUGAAGAGUACAGAAAGUCACCGCAAAGUACGUGGAUUAUGAAGCCUUGCGGCAAAUCGCAAGGUACGGGAAUUUUCUUAAUAAACAAGCUUUCUAAACUCAAGAAAUGGUCUCGUGAGGCUAAAAUUCCUUUUCAUCCCCAACUCGGUAGCAAGGAAAGUUACGUAAUAUCUCGUUAUAUUGACAAUCCACUUCUGAUCGGCGGCAAAAAGUUUGAUUUGAGACUGUAUAUUUUGGUAACAUCGUUUAGGCCUUUAAAAGCGUACUUAUUUAAACACGGUUUUUGUAGGUUUUGUACAGUAAAGUACGACACAAGCGUUACAGAAUUGGAUAAUAUGUAUGUACAUUUGACAAACGUAAGUGUCCAAAGACACGGUGUUGAGUAUAAUAGCUUACAUGGUGGAAAAAUGAGUGUACAGAAUUUACGUUUAUAUUUGGAAGGCACACGCGGUCGGCCAGUUACUGAGAAAUUAUUUUCCGACAUGCAGUGGUUAAUAGUUCAUUCCUUGAAAGCUGUUGCACCAGUAAUGGCUAACGAUCGUCAUUGUUUUGAGUGUUAUGGAUAUGAUAUUAUCAUCGAUAAUACGCUUAAACCGUGGCUGGUUGAAGUUAAUGCCUCGCCCUCACUACAGUCAACGACUCAUAACGACAGAAUAUUGAAAUACAAAUUGAUCGAUAACAUAAUUUCUGUCGUCGUUCCUCCGGAUGGAAUUCCCGAUGCGCGAUGGAAUAAAAUACCUACAAGGGAAGCAUUAGGUGAUUUUGAAGUUUUAAUUGAUGAAGAAUUGAUAGAAAAGGAAGACUCCACUUUACGCCCUACUAAGAACAAUCGCUUUAAUAAUGGUAGAUUUUAA